UAAACAGAAUAGGAAAGCCAAAAUCCCAAACCGAUUAGGAAAUCCAACCCAACCUCUAUAUAUUGCGACCUUCACACACACUCUCCUCAUACCAUUUCACAAGAGCAACUCUCAUCUCAUUCUCCAAAAUGGGUUUCACUAGAGCAAAGGCUUUUAAAGAAGGCAAGAGGGUCGAAGUGUGCAGCAGAGAAGACGGGUUUCAGGGCUCCUACUAUGGAGCAACCAUACUGCAAAACAUGGGGGACAACAAGUACAAGGUGAAGUACAGCCGCCUGGUAUGCGAGGACGACCACUCCAUACCUCUGGAAGAGGUGGUCGAGGGGGAUGAGAUACGGCCUCUGCCUCCUCUGCCUCCGCCCAAGAAAACGAAAGCCGGGUUCGCUGACGGGGACAGGGUUGAUGCGUUCGACAACGACGGCUGGUGGUCUGGAAUCAUUACUGGGAAGGUCGGGUGCUACUUUGGCGUCUACUUUGAGACUGGGCAUCAUAUUGGUUACCCUGAGAGAAUGCUGAGGCAUCACAUGGAUUGGCGCAAUGGAGAAUGGUUCUUUUACCACUAGCUGCUGCUGCUGCUUCAUGAAUUUGAU